AUCUGCUACCCAGAAUGCCCCGCGCGGUGCCCUCGGGCCCCCCUCCUGCCUUGCACAAAGCGCAAAUGCAGAGACCCCGAGGAAAGCGCAGGGCCCCGAGCUGUGUUGGGCCCGAGAAGAGCGGGGAACGGGGGACGCCGGAGGCCCCGGGAGCCUUUUCUGUCCUCCCGAAAGCCAGGGAGCCUGAAAUGCCCGGGAUGGCCUUGAAGAGGGACAGACUCCCAGCCCAGGAGGUGGUGACCUUCAAGGAUGUGGCUGUGGACUUCACUCGGGAGGAGUGGCGCCUCUUGUCCCCUCCCCAGAAGGAGCUGUACAAGGAGGUGAUGCUGGAGAAUGCCCGGAACCUGCUCUCUGUGGGGCUUCCAGCUCCCCCAGAAGACAUGAUCACUUCUUUGGAACAGACAGAAGACCCAUGGAUGCUGGAGCAAGAAAGCCUGAGGACCUGCUGCCCAGAUGGAGAGAUCAGACCUGAAAUGAAGGAGAAUCCAACACAGAUGAGCGCUUCUGUGGAAGAAAUGGAACUACAAAGAUUCGUGAAUGAUGGUCCCAAUAAGUUUGCUUUCAGAGAAUUCUGUGUUGCACCUCAAAAUUUAUCUCAUAGUGAACAUCAAAGAAUGCACAUUGAGGAAAAACCUAGUGAAAAUAAGGAGUGUGGAAGCACUUUUAUGCCCAGGGCCAGUCUUGCUAGACAUCAGAGAAACUAUACUAAAGAGAAAUCUUAUAAAUGCAAGGAAUGUGAAAAGACAUUCACUCAGAGCUCCAGUCUUAUUAGACAUCUGAGAGUCCAUACUGGAGAAAAACCUUAUAAAUGCAAACAGUGUGAAAAGACAUUCAGUCAGAGCUCCUGUCUUGUUGCACAUCAGAGAAUCCACACUGGGGAGAAACCUUAUGAAUGCAAACAGUGUGGAAAGACAUUUAGUCAGAGUUCCAAUCUUGAAGUACAUUGGAGAGUCCACACUGGGGAGAAACUUUAUGAAUGCAAGCAAUGUGGAAAGACAUUCCGUAUGAGCUCCAGUCUUGCUGCACAUCAGAGAAUCCACACUGGGGAAAAACCUUAUGAAUGCAAGCACUGUGGAAAGACAUUCAGUCAGAGCUCCUGUCUUGUUGCACAUCAGAGAAUCCACACUGGGGAGAAACCUUAUGAAUGCAAGCACUGUGGAAAGACAUUCAUUCAGAGCUCCUGUCUUGCUGCACAUCAGAGAAUCCACACUGGGGAGAAACCUUAUGAAUGCAAGCACUGUGGAAAGACAUUCCGUACAAGUUCCCGUCUUGCUGCACAUCAGAGAAUCCACACUGGGGAGAAACCUUAUGAAUGCAAGCACUGUGGAAAGACAUUCACAGUGUAUUCCACUCUUCUUCUACAUGAGAGAAUCCACAAUGGGGAGAAACCUUAUGAAUGCAAGAUAUGUGGAAAGACAUUCCUUCUGAGCUCCAGUCUUGCAGAACAUGAGAGAAUCCAUGCUGAGGAGAAACCUUAUAGAUGCAACCAAUGUGGGAAGACAUUCAAAGAUAAAUCCAGUCUUGCUAAACAUGAGAGAAUCCACACUGGGGAGAAACCUUAUGAAUGUAAGGAGUGUGGAAAGACAUUCCGUCAGAGCUCCCAUCUUGCUGUACAUCAGAGAAUCCACACUGGGGAGAAACCUUAUGAAUGCAAACAAUGUGGAAAAUCAUUCAGUCAGAGCUCCAGUCUUUUUCUACAUCAGAGAAUCCACAGUCGGUGAAACCUUAUGAAUGCAAGUAAUGUGGAAAGACAUUUAUAAAUAACUCCCAUCUUGCUGUACAUCAGAGUAUCCACACCGGAGAGAAACCAUAUGAAUGCUAGCAAUGUGGAAAGACAUUCAGCCACAAGUCAUAUUCAUCAGAGAGUCCAUACUGAGGAGUGUUAAAUUUAAUUGUGGCUGGACUCUGAAUAUUUAUAUAGGUGGUCUCUAGGGAUUUAAUGUCUAAAUCCUAAAAUGAAUUGCUAAAGCAAAUGGAAUUUUUGGUAGUUCAUUUACAAUAGAGGGAAGAUAUUAAGGAAGAGAAAAGAGGAGAGAGAUAGAGCUCUGGCUUCCUCUGAUACCAGUUAGAAAUUCUAAGCCCCAGCCAGGGGAAGAGAGGGCCUUUUCUGAAGGCUUCACACCUCCAGAAAGGCAGGGUCACUAAGUCCAUCUUUUACUUGCCAAUGGUGACCAUCUAAAAGGAAAGCAGUCUGAGGUCUGCACGAGUUUCUCCAGGGGUCCAGUUCCUCCAGUUCAACUCUGAGGCAGAGUUCUUCAAUCCAAGCUCAAGAGACUCAUCCUCCAGUCCAACUCCGAGUCUGAGAUCUCCCCUUUUCCCUUCCAUGGUCCUGUUUUUAAAGAUCUUUUUCUCUUGUGUCACCUCUCCUAAAUUUCACAUCUAUCAAUCACAGCAGAUUCUCUGCUCUAGGACUGCCCAGAAGGCAAUUAGUCAAUUCUAACUUGUUACCCACUAUCACACAUGUGGAUCACAGACUUCCCACCUCAUGAUUAAGAGGGAAAUUUACACUCUUGGUGAUCAGAUCUAACAUGGGAUGAUCUUCCCACUCAACUUCAAGUACUGUGCUUAUAUUUCUGGGGAUUAAAUCAAGAAAUAGAAGAUUACAAUUUAAUCUACACAAUCAAGGGAGAGCUAUGUACCUUCAUUGUUACAUUCAGGGGAGAGCUAAAUCCAAUCUUCACAGGAGGAACCUUAAGAAUACAAGUUAUUUCAAAACAUGUUCAAAUGCAGCUCCAGUCUUGCUAUUGUGUGAAGGAAAUUUACCCUUACCCCUGAGAUGCGAUUUGUAAGUUAGUGGGCAGAGAAAAGGUUUGAUAAAUUGAGGCAAAAGCAGAUAUUGAAGCUCUUCUCUUUCAGUUUUGUUACUGGCUGGAAAUGGCUAGGGUGCCCUAAUGGUGGCCACAGAAUAGCAAGCUAAAUGGAGCAGUGAGGAAAGUAUAUCUCAUAUUUUUCCAUCUUUCCUCCCAACUGCCUUAGUUUAAAUAAAAUUAACUUAGGGCCAUUCUUAUAAUUUUCCCUCUUGUACGGUAUACCACAGACACCAUAGACAUUCACACUGAGCUGUCACCUUGCUCAAAAUCAGAAAAUUCACUCUACUAUAUCAUGAACUCUCCUAAGAUGAGGUCCAAAUGGGCAUUUGAUUUAGACCUUAAGUUUGAUCCCAUAAGAAAAUUAAGGAAGUGUAGUUUAACUUUCAGAUCGAUUCAUUGAUAAGGGAAGAAUUUAUGACCAAGUAAAUAGAUAACAUUAUGAUGUGUAAAAUAAUUUCAUUUUAUUGUAUUAAAUUCAAAACUACAAACAAAACUAAUGCAACCAAGAUUAAAAGUGAAAACAAGAAGUUAUUUUCUUUACAAUAUGUACAAAUAAGCACUUAAUGAAAUUAUGUCUUUGUCCUAAAGAAAUCAUUUGUAAGGAGCAUCAUUUCUUAUAUAAGGUUUUCUGAAAAAUUCCUAUGAAGCAAAAGUUGAAAGAAAACAUGAUAUUGUCAAUUUCAAAUAUGAAAUAAAAUUGACAUUCCAAUGAUUCUAUUCAGUUGAAUGCAUUAUCAGAAUAAUUUUCUUACAAAGAAAAUCACCAUGCACCUAUCAUCUUGACACUUGACUAAUUCCACCUAGGCGGAAUGACAACCCUCGGCUUCAAGAGACUGCUGGUCAGGCUUUUGAAAGAUAAAGAAAUCAAAACUAUUAAUAAGCACAUGAAAAAGCAUUCUAAAUCUCUUGUAAUCAGAGAGAUGCAAAUCAAACAACUCUGAACUACACCUCACACCUAGCAGAUUGGCUAAUUUGACAGUAAAGGAAAGUGGUAAAUGUUGGAGGGAUGUAGCAAAAUUGUGGAGUUGUGACUUCAAUCAUUCUGGAAGGCAAGUUGGAACUAUGCCCAAAGGGCAAUAAAAGACUGCCUGCCCUUUGAUCCAGCCAUAGGCACUGCUGGGUUUAUAUCCUAAGGAGAUAAUAAAGAAAAAGACUUGUACAAGAAUAUUCAUAGCCUCGCUCUUUGUGGGGGCAAAAAAUUAGAAAAUGAGGAGAUGAUGCCCUUUGAUUGCGGAAUGGCUGAACAAAUUGUGUUAUCUGUUGGUGAUGGAAUACUAUUGUGCUGAAAGGAAUAAUGAACUGGAGGAAUUCCAUGUGAACUGGAAUGAUCUCUAGGAAUUGAUACAGAGUGAAAGGAGCAGAACCAGGAGAACACUGUACACGGAAAUGAAUACACUGUGGUACAAUCGAAUGUAAAGGACUUCUCUAGUAGCAUGUGAUAUGGAAAUCACUUUAAAAGACUGAUAUAUAUUAAUUUAAGGUCGCCAAGGAAUUCAGCUAUGUAAUUCCUAAAUGAAAACUCAAGUCAGCAGUCAACCUUUUAUGGAGUUUUUAAUUACAAACAGGAUUAAGAAAAGUAUUAGAGAGAGGGGUGGGGGGGAGAGAAGGGAAUAGGGCUUAAAUACCCCUCUGCUUAGGCUGGGCCAAAGGCCCAGGCCCUUAGAUAGCUGAGGCAAAGAAAAGAGAUCAGUCCCUAUCACUCACGUGACCAAAAUGGAGAACAGUCUCAGGGCCUCCACCUCCAGCCUCCUUCAGAGAAAAGCCAUCCUGUCGAGAAUCUUCAGAGAGUAAGCCCCUGAGUCCUCAGACCCUGCUAUCUUUAAGGAAAAAUCUAAGUUCCCUCCCCUCAGUUCUCACAUCUACUAAUCACUGUCGAUGUCUCCCCUGUGCCAAUGGUGGCUCUAGCCUUAACCCAGGAUCGCCCAGAGGUCUGUCCCCUUUGCACAUGUCUGUUGAAGGUCAUAUUCUCAAAUAAUUAAAUCUUGAUCUUUGCUGCA